CCAGCAUGCACCGGGGCAGAGGCAGGGAGGGCUGUGCAUUAGUGCUGCCUGGAACAGCUGACAGCAGCUUGGGCAGCCACUCUGUGUGUAUACAGACUGCAUCAGGGACAUCGCCAGCACCCAUGAUCCCCAGUGUUCCCUCGGGUUCCACUGAUCUGGAGUGCAAUAGAAUGGAGUCAGAGCCAGCAGAGAUGGCCCCAACGUGUGUGGAAUUAACAGUGCACUCUACAAGAUGCUUACAGACAUCAUAAAUUUGGUGUACAUGCGGUUCUCCUCGCUGUUACGAUUUCAAGGCUGUGAUGUGUCAUUGUCCCACAGUCUCCUUUGCUCAUCAGAAAUACCAUUGAGACCCGACUUGGCCAACGACAAAUGGGUUAUGAGUUAUGGAGGGAGUUUUUGGACUAAUCGAGGUCGGCCUUAGGGAUAAUUGGCCCUGGAAUCUCAUGGCGAGGUCUAUAAUAGCACUAUAUGCCUUGUAUAGUCCAACUUUCCCUAUGAACAUGGUCUGAAAUACACUUUACUGCUGUUUGAAAGUCCAUUCCAAAGAUGGAUGGUGUAAGGAAACCCGAAGCUUUGUGGUCAAACUCUAAAGACUUUAAGGAAAAUGGCAUCUGGGAUGACACGCAAAGUUAUGGAGUCUCUAACCCUCUGUGGACAGCUGUGUUUGAUUAUGAGGCCACGGCAGAAGAGGAACUGACCUUACGGAGGGGGGAUCUGGUAGAGAUACUGUCUAAGGAUUCUACGGUCUCAGGGGAUGAAGGGUGGUGGACAGGAAGGGUCCGAGACAAAGUGGGCAUUUUUCCAAGCAAUUAUGUGGUAAGCAACCCUAAGUACACCACCAUCAGGGGAUCUCCAAGAGAAUGCCCCCACCCACUGGAGAUUGCCUUCGAGGAGUUGCAGUUAGAAGAGAUCAUUGGGGUGGGGGGGUUUGGGAAGGUCUACAAGGGAGUGUGGAAACAGGAGGAAGUAGCGGUGAAAGCCGUCCGGCACGAUCCUGACGAAGACAUUAAUGUGACGGCCGAAAAUGUCCGACAGGAAGCCAAACUCUUCUGCAUGUUGAAUCAUCGUAAUAUCAUAGCGCUAAAGGGUGUGUGCCUGAAACCCCCCCACCUCUGCCUAGUCAUGGAAUACGCAAGGGGUGGACCAUUACACCGGGCCCUUGCGGGAAAGAAAGUUCCAGCUCAUGUGUUGGUCAACUGGGCCGUUCAGGUAGCUCGUGGAAUGAAGUACCUUCACAGUGACGUCAUCGUACCCAUCAUUCAUCGCGAUCUGAAAUCCAGCAACAUAUUGAUCUUGGAAAAAAUUGAAAAUGAUGAUUUAUUUAACAAGACAUUGAAGAUCACAGAUUUUGGGCUGGCGAGAGAGUGGCAGAAGACGACCAAGAUGAGUGCAGCGGGCACCUACGCAUGGAUGGCCCCAGAAGUUAUCCGACUAUCGCUCUUUUCAAAGAGCAGCGAUGUGUGGAGUUUUGGAGUUCUGUUGUGGGAGUUGCUCACUGGAGAGGUGCCAUAUCGGGAGAUCGAUGCUCUCGCCGUAGCGUACGGAGUGGCUAUGAACAAGUUGACACUACCGAUCCCAUCCACGUGUCCCGAGCCCUUUGUACGGAUCUUGGAAGCUUGCUGGAACCCCGAUGCUCACAGCCGCCCAUCCUUCUCCUGUAUCUUGGAGCAGCUGAUCACCAUUGAACAGUCUGCAAUGUUCCAGAUGCCACUGGAGUCCUUCCAUUCUCUGCAGGAGGACUGGAGGCUGGAGAUCCAGCAGAUGUUCGAUGAAUUGAGGACAAAAGAGAAGGAGCUGCGCAGUCGGGAAGAGGAGCUUGUACGAGCUGCUGAGGAGCAGAGGAACCUGGAGGAGAUGUUGAGGAGGAGGGAGCAGGAGCUGGCUGAGAGAGAGAUCGAUAUUGUGGAGCGGGAGCUGAAUAUAAUUAUGUACCAAAUGUAUCAGGAGAAGCCUAAAGUGAAGAAACGGAAGGGCAACUUCAAAAAGAGCCGCUUAAAGCACAAGGAUGGAAAUCGCAUCAGCUUACCCUCAGGUUUUGAACAUAAAAUAACGGUACAGGCAUCCCCAACCUUGGACAAGUGCAAAGGUCAAGGGACGAGUAACUGCAGCCCCCCAGGAAGUCCUCUCCUAAUCCCACGGCUUCGAGCCAUCCGAUUGACCCCAGUGGAUGGCAGUAAGACAUGGGGACGUAGCUCCAUCGUCAAAAAAGAGGAGGUGACUUCCAACAAGAAGAAAGGCCGGACGUGGGGCCCCAGCUCUACUCAGCCCAAGGAGCGAGCUGGUGGUGAAGAGAGGUUGAAGUCCUUGGGAGAAGGCAGCAAGCAGUGGUCUAGCAGUGCACCAAACCUUGGAAAAUCCCCCAAGCAUACCCCCAUUAGUGCGGGCUUUGCCAGCCUCACCGAAAUGGAGGAAUACACCGAUUCCGAUGGUUCUGUUCCCCAAUCUCCAUAUUCGACUCCAUCCUACCUCUCGCUGCCUCUCCAGUCCGAUGGGAAAAACCACACGGAGGACACGGGACUCUGCGCAUCCUCGGCGUCUGACAGCCCUAAACGUGGAUCCCGCAGGAAGAGUGAGCUGGUUUUACUGGGGUGUGCAUCACUUUUGGCUGCUGUCGCCCUAGGAAACGACCUGUCGGAACUGGUGCCACAGGAAGAGAAAAGAAAGGGCAUCUUCCAGUGGGGAGGGAAAGGUCCUAGGAAGGGAUCCAGCUCGCCCAGCCGAACCUUAAAUAAAGGAGAAGAAGCAGUUAUUCCACCCACCUCGGUGACUCUCAUCUCAUUGUCUUCCCUCUCGGACUGCAAUUCCACCCGAUCCCUGAUUCGCUCGGACAGUGAAGAUACCGGUUUGGGGACAGACAAUACGCCCAGCAGGCAUGGUGGAUCAGAGAAGGACAGAGGCAGUCAAGGCAGCUCUGGAUAUAACCCACUGGUAGACUACAAGGUGGAAAGCUUCAAGAAAGACCCACGGCAGUCUCUGACUCCUACCCAUGUUACUGCGGCCAGAGCCAACUCCACCGUCAGCAAAGGCCACAGACGGACUCCAUCUGAUGGGGCCAUAAGGCAGGUGACGCCAGGCCACAAACGUUCUCCUUCAGAUGGCAGUACCCCUCAGCUCUGUGACACAGGUUCCAAAGAUUCCUCUCCCUUUCCUCGUCUACCAGAUCCCCACUUUGUGUUUCCACCCCCAUCCCGACGUAAGCCAACCGACAAGGACUUGGCUGUAGAAAGACCGACCACCCUUGAAUUUGCUCCUAGACCUCGUCCAUCCGCCAGCCGACCUCGACUGGACCCCUGGAGAUUUGUCUCCAUCUCAAGGACACAGAGUUCCUCCACUCCGAGUAGUGGUGGGGAUGAGCCCACCAGCGGGUCUACAGACGGCAUGCAGGUGGGGGGAACAGAGGAGACCUUGCUUGACAUGGAAGUGGAAGGGCAGAGCCUGGACAGCACUGUACCCCUUUGUGGAGUGGGGAUAGGGCCUCAGACUGACCCUUGUUAUAAUAUGGAUACAGACGUGUCUUAAUAUCAGUGACUGCUGACAUGGAGUAUUACAAGGCCGCCAUUUUCACAGCGAGAAGGGGGUCUUAAUGAAUGUAUUUUGUGGUUGAAAAACAACGGGUAUAACUAGCAAUUAUUUAGGUGAUCUAAAAGCUGCAGGGACCCUAUGGACCAAGACUGAUAAACUUCAGCUUUACAAUUGCUGCUGGACUGCAAAUCUCAUCACCAUCAAUCAGCUUCCAACAGCUGGUGGACUGUAGGGCCCGGCCGCGUGCGGCUCCAUACGCACCGUGUGGGAUUCUAAUGGCUCCCUUAAUUUAACUACAUGUAACUGUCUGACAGAGAGGGACAGGACCUCUCACUCCAGCUAUUCAACGGGUCAGGAGGGAGGGGGGCAGUAAUAAUCUGCAUGAGACAGAUCUAUUAAUAAAGUAUGUCGCCACUCUCAGUGUUAAUAUUAAAUCUCGAUAUUAGAUGCAGACCCAGCUGUCAAUAAAUAAAUCUGGAUCAUGUAUUCCGUUCGUAUAAGUAUCGAUGAACAGGUGACGUCUAGUAAAUAAUAAUCACAAUCAAUUUUCGAAGAAAAAGCAAAAUGUAUUUAUGACCAAGUAUCAUUAUACAUAAACAGAGAUCCAACAAUUAGUCUCCAAACAUGGGAAGAAUAAAUGCGAUAUUAAGGCUUUGUCACAGUCAUUCAUUUUUCCUUCCACUGAAGAUCUUACUGCAUUCAUCUUCUUUUGGAUAAAGAGUAGCAUUAAACCGGUAUUUGUGUAACCCGAUUGCCCUACGCUAGACAUGGUGCUGGACUUGGCUCCUGUCCUAAAAGAUUGGCCGCCUACGAUUGUGCUUUGUCUAAU